CAAAAAGUUUUCCACAAAAUUAAAAAGAGGAGCUAUCAAAUCAAAAAUCAAACCUUGAUUUGUAUCGCUCUCAUUCUCUUCAUCAUCAUCUCCUCCUACCUUAAUUUUUUUUUUUUCAAAAUCUUAUCAUCCCUUCUUUUACUCCGACAGAAGCAAGCAAUUUUUUUAUUUUAUUUUAUUUUAUUCUCUGAAGUGUUUCCAGCUCAAGUUUGGUAGUAAGCAGACAUUUAAAUCCUCCAAUAAUAUUAUACGAAGAACCGUCUUUUGAUUAUUAUUUUCAACUAACAAAGAGAGAUUAUCUAAAGGCUUUGGUUUACUGAUUAAACCGGAGGAGAUCAUCACAAUCCAUCUACAAAGUUGAAAAACGAAGCAAAACCCCCCAAAAAAAAGCAGUCUUUGUUUUGACUUCACAUUAAUUUGGAGAAGCUGAUGAGGUCAAGAGAUGAUGCAGAUGAUAGAUCAGAUGCUGCUUCUUCAAGAAGCCAAGAAGAAACAACCAGUCUCAAGGAGAAGCACUCUACAAACGGCUCUCAAAGAUCUGGUAAAAGCCAAGACCUUUCUGAGCCUAACUACGCUUUAGAGAACACAACCACCAACAACAACCCUAUUGAGUAUACAGAACAAGAACGUGCUGAGCUUCUUAGAAGGUUAGAUUCCAUCAAAGACCACCUUCUCCGUGGUGGUGGUGGUGGUGGUGGGGGUGGUAGUGUAGUUAAUGAGAAUCAGCAAUUCCUCAGACCAGUCCAUGCUCCUAACCCUUAUUACCACCAUCCUUAUCCAGAGCCUUCUCCUUACCCUGCACCAGUUCAUGGAAUGUAUCCACAAGGUUAUCAUCAGGACCCUUAUAGAAGACCACCUCCAGUUCCAAAUCCAAACUGGCAUUACCCUAACCAGAUGACUCGUCCUUAUCCUGGAGGAGGAGGUCAAUAUGUUGAUGAUAUUGUUGACCCACAUUCAUAUUUUCCAGCUACACCGAGUAGAUACAGUGAUAUCCCUCCUUAUAGCCCUGUUUCUUCUCACCACAGACUCAACAGUCCACCUCUUAACAACUACUACUAUAACAACAGUCCAAGUUUUCCUUCUUCCAUGAACUCUUCAGAUCCUCGUGGCGGCAGUGGUGGUGGUGGUGGUGGUUACGCUAGGUGGCCUAGUGAUCUUGAUUCUGAGAUGGGUGCUUUCCCUCGUGGGUAUGUUAAGAAAGCUGUUUCUGAUAGCGGUGACGCACGGCGUUGUCAUCCUCUUGGUGGUGGUGCUCCUUUUAUAGCUUGUCAUAGUUGCUUUGAGUUGUUGUAUUUGCCUAAGAAGAAGCUUUUGGGACAGGAGAGGUUGCAUAAGCUGCAAUGUGGGGCUUGCUCUGAAGUUAUUAGUUUCAGGAUCGUCGAUAAAAAACUCGUUUUCUCUUCUGGUAAUGAGGGAACAACGGACACUGUCUCUGUAGAAAUUGAAGAUGAAAGCAAAAACACAGUUGUGGUAGAGUAUGAAGAAGAACCUGUACAAGAACUAAAGAAUCAAGGGGACACUAGGAGAAGCAUCCUGUCUGAAUCUCAGCACUCUGAUGAUGAAGAAAGAUCGAGCGUUUCUAGUGAACAACAACAGAAGGAGGUUAAAUCUGUUCGUAGACGAGCUAAAGGCUCAAAAGCUACAGAACAAGCUGCCUCCGAGAGUGCAAGUCUCCUUGAACUCUUUGAAUACUCUAAUGUAAACCGAGCUGCACUCGCUUACGGGAUGGCAGAGUUAGGUUAUCACAAGCCUGAGAAGCAAGAGUUUUUCAUGAAACAAGACUCGGUAAAGCCGGAAUCAUUAGCAGCUACAGAGACGGAGGUUUCUUACAACGGAUACUCUAACACGGAGAUAUCUGAAGAUUCAAGGAACUCAAACGGAAGAGAAGACAGUAACAACAACAGACCAAGAAGCAGAAAAGGUAGCGAGUCUGGUUCCACGGAGGUGACAGCGAGGUCCUCUACUGAUGGAAACGAAGAUCAAGGAAAGUUAUUAGAAGUUUGGGUUAAUGGACAUCUAAUACCUGAAGAGCUAGUGAGCAUUGCUGAGAAGUUAGCUGGACCAGUCCAAGCUGGGAAGUAUUGGUAUGACUACAGAGCUGGGUUCUGGGGUGUAAUGGGCAAACCGUGUCUCGGUAUAAUACCUCCAUUUAUUGAGGAGUUUAGCCAUCCAAUGCCGGAUAACUGCGCUGCAGGGAACACAGAAGUGUAUGUGAAUGGAAGAGAGCUUCACAAGAGAGACUUGGAGUUACUAGUGGGUCGUGGUCUUCCUCGAGACAAGAACCGUUCUUACAUCCUUGAUAUAUCAGGAAGAAUCCUUGAUGGAGAUUCAGGGGAAGAGCUUAAAAGUCUUGGCAAAUUAGCCCCAACGGUUGAUAAGGUGAAGCAUGGAUUUGGUAUGAGAGUUCCAAGAUCAUUAGCUUCAUGAAAGCUCUCACGCAAGUAAUACACAACCAAAUGGUUCUGAUUCUGCCCCUCUUAUCUUCAUCUUAUUGAUUUGUUUUUCUAAAUGUAAAGUGUGCUUCUUACUCAUGACAUUGGUUUAGGUUAUUUUCUUUUACUUAUACGAACCGGGUUAUGUUGGUAUAAGGUUUGUAAUAUUUCUUCUUCUUUCUUUUUCAUGUUCCAAGCAGACCAAACCGUUUUGUGAUUCUUGGUCGAUGUUGGUUAUAGAUUGUGUGUAGUGAAAUAGUUUGUUUGCCUACGGAACUUUUAUAUGUUUUUAAUUAAUAGCAAAAAGGCGGGAAAACAACCAUUUCAUACCCAAUCUAUCGCGAUAUGUUCAAUUUAUACCCAAUUUAUAUGGUCGUGCUAAAACAUACCUUAACUUAUAUGAUCAAGCCAAAACAUACAUAACUUAUAUUUUGUUUUGGCAAAAUCAUACACCAAUAGCUGCCACAUCAUCUAUUUUUCGUUCGCGUGGAUAUUAUGUCAGCUAA